AUGCCUGCCAUACCUCGACAGGCACAGACAGAAGACUCGACGACGUUCGAUCCUGACAAGUACUUCGAUUCAUGGAGCAAAGAAGAAAUAACACCACCAUACGACAAUGACUUCCGCAAGUUCAUUAUCAAGACAUUCGGUCUUUCGAUAAAAGAUGACUAUGGGUACAUGGCGCAGAAUGCCGAGGUGACAUUACUCCGUUGCCAGACAUACCUUGACGUCGGCGCCCAAGGUGGUCUACACGGCUGGUAUAAAGAUGCUGAAGGCCAACUGAGAGACCCACCAACUGCCACCGAUGUAGCAGCGUACAGCGAUAUCUUCCGGCCUACGACGAGCACAACCAAAGCACUCACAGCAUUGGGUUCGAAUGCGAAGAAAGGCACCGUCCGAGCCGACGUCGCCAAACAUCUGCAAUGGCAAUAUCACCCACCUUCAGCCGAGUCAAAGCUCGUAGUGAACAAGACAAAAAAUCACGUCAACCCGUAUUUUGAUCUCUGGGCAUGGACGAACCAGAAUCUCGAAUGGGGAGGACCCGAAGAGGGAACAGCAAAAGUCAAGAUCUCACAUGCCUUACUGCCAGUAAUAUACCACCACUUCGGCUGCAUUUGUCCGUCGUACGAGUCUCUCGAGCUCAUUCGCCAAGUUGCAAAAGGUAGGCAAAUACUUGACCUGGGUAGCGGGAAUGGGUACUGGACAUAUAUGCUGCGCAGGAUGGAGCCAGCCAGUAAGAAGGAGAAGAAGCUGGAUGUGGUAGCAAUUGAUAACGGUAUGAGUGAGUGGAGAACGGUUUGGAUUGGCGACACUAUCGAGGCGGAUGGCGUGAAGUGGUUACAGCAGAAUGGUGGUGGGGAGGAGGCUGUGCUGCUGCUUGUCUAUCCUACUGUUGGGAAUGAGUUCACGAGUAAGAUGAUCAAGGCUUAUGCUGGGACCACGAUCAUCUCGGCAGGCACACAGAAUGCCUCUGGGUUCACGGCAUUCGCGACAGAGACGAUUGCUGAUUGGAUGGCGAGAGAGAUGCCGGGCUGGACUCGAGUUCUGCAGAUUCCGCUGCCGAGUUUUGCUGGCAAGGAUGAGGCACUGUUCGUCUUCCAGAAGAAGGCUGAUGCCAGCAGCACCACGAAUGGUGAACCAUCAUGA